AUGGCCAGCUCCCGCCGCCUCGUGUCGCUGCUGCUGCUGCUAGCGGCGGCGGCGUCGGCGGCGGCGUCGGCGUCGGCGGCGUCGUCGUCGGAGGCGGCGCGGCUCGUCGCCAGGAUUGCCAGCCUGGAGCGCCGCCUCAAGUCAGUGGAGCAGCCAGUGUGGGAGGUGUCUUCGGGCCCGGAGCGGUGGUCGCGCUGCACCGAGGGCCCGUGCCGCUGCCGCCCGGAGACGCUGAGCCUCAGCUGCUGGAGGAUGCAGCUGCGGGAGCUGCCGGCGCUCCAGCUGGUGCCGACCGACGCCCGCGCCAUAGACCUGGGCGUGAAUGCGCUGCCAGCGCUCCACAAGGACGCCUUCAAGGACCUCAGCCGUCUCGUCGAACUAGACCUGUUCGACAACAGCGUAGACCACCUGCCGCCUGCCAUCUUCGAGUCUCUGCACAGCGUCCGUCACAUGAGGCUGAACAGGAACCGCCUGGUCGAGCUCUCCGAGAGACUCUUCAGCAAGCUCGUCCACCUCGAGACUCUGGACCUGUCGUGGAACCAGCUGCGGUCGCUGCCGGAGAAGCUGGUGCGCUUCUGCAGCCAGCUGACGCUCCUCCACCUCAGCGGCAACCGGCUGGUCACGCUGCCGGAGGGGCUGCUGCAGGGGCUGGCGCGCCUCGAGGAGCUCGACCUGUCCGCCAACAGCCUCGAGCAGCUGCCGCCGCUGCUCUUGCAAGGUCUGUCUUCGCUGCGGCGGCUGCGUCUGUCGGACAACCGUCUGUCCGAGGUGCCCCAGCAGCUGCUGUCCGGCCUGUCGGCGCUCCAGUCUCUGGCGCUGCGCCGCAACCGGCUGGCGCGCCUCGGGCCGCGCCUGCUCGCCGGCCUGCACAACCUCACCGUCCUAGACCUCACCUCCAACAGCAUCACCGCCCUGAGCGGCGAGGAGCUGCGCGGGCUGUGGUGCCUGCGCGAGCUGCACCUGGGCCAGAACCUGCUGUCGCGGCUGCCCGACGGCGCCUUCGCGCAGCUGCCGGCGCUGCAGAAGCUGUUCCUGUUCGCCAACACGCUGGAGCAGCUGUCGGCGGGCGCGCUGCGCGGCCUGCACAACCUCACCACGCUGCUGCUCAACAACAACCUGCUGCGCGGCUUCGACGGCCGCCUGCUGGCGCACUCGCCCAGCCUGCUCAAGCUGCAGAUCGACAGCAACAAGCUGCAGUACAUCCCGGCGGGCGCUCUCGACGUCGUGCCCGACCUGGUGGCCAUCAAGCUGGCCAAGAACCCCUGGCACUGCGACUGCUCCGCGCUCUACCUCGCAACGUGGCUGCGUGAUCACUCAUCCCAGGUGUGGGACGCCUGGCCAACUUGUCGUGGGCCUGGGGACCUGGGCGGUCGCAAUAUGCACGAGCUGGGCUUCGAGGAACUGUGUGAUGGCCAGUGGGCAUCCAUGGUUCGCCUUACGCCUCGCAUUCCCGUCGCCUGAUGGCGCCACCACCAGGCCUCCGAGGAGCUGCUCACACAUUACGUCACCGUCGCCCGAUGACGUCACGAGUGGAUCUCCGUAAAGCACCGCACAUGGCACCUCCCCAUCGCUCGUUGGUGCCACCAGCCAGCGUCUGUGGGGCGCCGCAUUCUGUGCGUCCCAGCCACCUCACAGUACCAUGAAGCAGGGUUUCCGUCCAUCUCUUGGUAGUCCACGGGGCCCCACAGCACUUGGGUCCUCUCAGCCCCUACUGAUCUACAAAGUCUUCUCUUAUAUUCUCGAACAUCCUCAAAAAAGUGCCAGAAAAAGAAUACACAGAUAAGAAAUCUGACUGAUAUUGAUAAAGAAUCAGACUAAUACACAGACUGGAAUUUUGGUGAUGAUGAUGAUGAUGAUGAUGACAUGUCAGUGUCCCUGUCGAUCCAACGCAGAUACGGGACAGCUGGCGGCUAGAUAUUACCAAAAAAAAAUCACUAAACAGCCGCAGGUUUUCAGAAGUUGUUAUUUUAUUUACAUGACCACUUUCGGCAUCUCAUUAGCACUCCAUGUAUAGAAAAUCAGACACAUCGAUGCAUGCAUAAUCGGAGCCACCAGUACCUGGAUUCCGUGGAUUUUUUAAUGUGCACACAUCGAAGAUUUGAUGACUCAAGUCUUCGAAGUAAACACUCCACAAAAACCGUUAUGCGUGCAGCGAUGUAACUAGUUCUCUACAUGUGGUGUGCAUAGGGGCGUGAAGAUGGCAUUAAUGAGAUGCAGGAUCUGCUCGUUUAAACAAAAUAGCAUCUUCUGCACACAUACGGCGGUUUGGUGAGUUUUGUUUGGUGAAUAUGUUAGUUUGGUCGCGCGACAGCAAGCUCUUUAGCGCCAGUACUAAAAUUUUGUGAGGCCAGUGUAGAUAAAAAGGAAAUUAUUAAAACGUGAACUACAGAUAUCAAAAUUAAGAACGUCCUAAAUAACACACACACACACAAACAAACAACAACAACGGGAAUCACGUUACCAGACCUAAAAUCUACAGAAAAAAGAGAAAAAGCAGUGCAAAGGGUGAAAGUUUGCAGUGCCGUUUCAGGCUGAAUAUGAUACCUUCUUUAUGUCAGCAAUUUAGGUCAGGGAGGCUUUUGAUUAAUGACUAAAAUCGGUCUGCCAAGUCGUUUCGAUCUGUUUCUGCAGUUCACUUCUAUCUAUGUCCAUAGCUUUCUGGAAGACACAAAUGAUCCACACAGCAAGAAAUUUUAUACCAAGAUAGUGAGAAGAGCAUCAUGUGUUGUGCAGUGGAAAGGCUUCUGUAUUGUGUGUAGUGUAUGGUGGGGCUUUGCCUUAUUGGAAUGCGGUCAUAAGAGUUUGAUGCAGGGUUUACUGUUGGCAGCAUUUGUUAUUUCCAAGGCUUGGCGUAAAAGGCACAUGUGGUGUAACGUGUUUAACCCAUUUUAAGACAAUCGCUCCACGUGGAACAUUCAUACAUGUACACGAGUGAUCACUGCUUAAGACUGUGUGCUCUGCUACCGUUUUAUCAUCUUCGUACACUUUUUUCCUCCAUCAGAUUGCGUAUAACUAUUUACCUGCAUUAGCAAUAGUGGUGCGCACAUUCGGUUCGGACUAUUCUCCGUUGACCAGUCGUUACCGGAGUCUUAGCACUCGUUUACACAACGUGUGGGGCAGUUUGCAGGCCGCCUGUGCCAUUCACCACAUGCCUUGGGGCCGGUACGUGGACCAUUGUGUUCUAUAAACUUCUCUUGCGGUACGGUUUUCCGUCCGCACCACAGCAUGUGUAAAAAAACUGGCCCACGUUGAGAACUGUAGAUAAUACGGCAUACCAUCACCAAAGGCGUGAACGGAUAAUACUGAUGAAAGGUGAAGAACACACUACUUUCACAAAACAUGGAGUUUAUCUAUGUCCGUAGCUUUCUUAUGGGAAACCCUGAAUUAUACUAUAGCCAAUAUAUCCGUAACAUGCAUCAAGAGAUAGCGGAAAAUUUCACAAAUUGGACGACAAUAUCAUAAUUAUUUAUGCAAAACAAAGAGAGAACUCCCACAAGAGAUCAUGUAAGUCUGCAAAUAGCUACAGUAGGGCUCAGUCCCUGUUAUUAACCAUGUAGUUCACCAAAAUCGUGGAGCAAAGGCAAAACGUUCAGAGCAACAUUUCUCUACAAAGGAAAGUGGUGUCCUCAAAAUUUUUAAGAAGGUGCCAACACAAUUACCAUUCCAAGUAUGAAUCAAGAUGCCCGAGAAGAAUGUAAUCAACGAGAACGUGAACAAACGUAGUAUAUGAAUUAAAGUAAUCAUAUUAUCAUUCAAUAACAAGCGACUAGGACGAUGAAAUGAAGAUCCAUGGAGUUCCUUCAAGCUGCCAGACUGAAUCCCACCCAACUCCCAAGCAUGGUGCUAGAGUCCUUCGACGCAAACUGAUAGCUAACUUAUAAGACAGCUAACGGAUCUGUAGUAUACUUUUCCCAAGACCAGUGAUAAUAUCAGAGGCACUGUGCCAGUCAUCUACCGUAGUCUCACAGUCAUGUUGACCAUCUACAGCGCGAUCACAGUAUAUGUCCCUGUGAAUCUCACAAGGCGACCUGCAACCAGUCCACACCACUUUGGUUGUACUUCGUCCGUUGUACAGCUUGUGAUUUCCCGUGACAUAAAGGGUGGAAAUGCGGCAGCGAUGACUUGCUGCUGACUGUCAGUGACGCGACGCUAAUGACUACAAAUUACCCCAGUGGGAAGACUAAGCUGACCAGAUUUCAGAGACAAAAGGCAGAGACGCUUGUGCUUAUACCUCAGCUCGUUACCACACUUACGCUUACCCUUCUUGUCAGUUAUGAUAGUUCGAAAUCGAUAGCAGGCUUAUUACGAUGAAGCAGCUGAAAAACCCGUGGCAAGAAUGUAUCUUCAUUUUGUGAAUUGGGAAGGAAAAUGUGCGUAUACUACACACAAAUAAAUUUAUUUUCUUCAGAAAUAAAAAAAGAUCAAUACAUACUUUUUACUGUAAUAGCCCGGAAAUAUUUUCUGCAAUAUUUUCUCACCUACUAAGUAUUUAAGUACAAUUUGUUGGUUCUAAAAACUUAGUAAUAUUACCAGUCAGUAAUCAGGUGGAAAUUAUGCAUUUCAUAUUAAAAUUUAAAAUUUCAGACUGUUAGGGCAAAGGUGCGUGCGUGACAAACAAUAUUCAAUAAGUAUCGGUAAAGUUCGCCGCAUCGCUCACAUUGUUCAGAAAAUUAUCUUCCAUAUAGCUGCAGUCCCGUUUGGAGAAAUGGUUUGAGUGAUGCUCCUUUAUACCUCGUUUGGUUUUGUUUUUACUCGUUUUGAGGGCCAUUUAGAGCGGAAGGUCGACAAGUUAGAGGUGGGAGUAGACGAUACGUGCUUUUCUUUUCAACAUAUCUCUUACUCUCUCCCGUGGCAUAAGACGAGUUAGACCAAAUGUAGUAGGCCUAUAUGCUGUGGAAAUAUAUAUUUCUUUAAGUUCUAGUACUUCUAGGAAACUUGUUUUUCACAAAUAUUUCAUUAAAUGAAAAAUAUUGUUGCACGCAUUGUGUUUCCCGAUUAAAAACUGUGACAAUUAUGCGUCCCGAAUGGUAUAUUCGGGACUUUUAUGUGAAAACGGGGACUGUCCCGGCAAAACUGGGAUGUCUGGUCAGCCUAGCGAAGACCACCUCAGCAAGCUGACGAUUAAAAAUUCGUAUUCUUCCUUCAAAGCCCCAAUGGCAGUGUACUCGAAUAAAAAAACAGCUAGCCGCGUGAUCCUCGCACAUAUCAACGUCUGCUCCACAACAAUGACAGAAACUGUCCUUUUUCGACGUGCCUUUCUGUCGCGUCCACGACUGUCCUUGCGACAGUUACCACGGGUGGUUUUGGGAACGAAUAUCCUGUAGAAAAUACCUCAAGAACAUACCUAACGCGUCUUUCGCACCCCUUAGCACCUGAGCUGUUGUGAUGCAUCUUUCAGCGUGUGUCAUGUAUUGGACCAGCUAUAUAUACCUAUAAUCGUAGUAAGUAAAUGUUGGUUCAGUUCUUGGUCGUAUUCAUUCGUAGUUGUUAGUAGAGAAAAGGACAUAAAUUGUAACCAGUGAAACGGUACUUUUCGUUUGCUUUAUGUGUACUUCAUUACAAAGCAAGGAACCCACUUUAAGACACUACUGCACACUUCGGUAAUUGAAUGUCGUGUGGUUUAACACCGUAAUACGGUAACUGAACGAAGUCUCCAGAGUUCAGAUAAAAGAAGGAUUGGGGCAUUUCAUGAUAGCCAAAGGAUCCGAAUUCUGUUUCAGCACUAGAAACAUGUUGCAGAUAGAGGGGAAUCAAGGCAAUGUCGAGUUACCGGUACAUUCUCAGCGAUUCUGUUCUCAUCUCAACUGGUCAGAGCAAUCAAAUGCCUCAAUAUCCAUUGGCAAGAAGCUUUCAACCUUUCCUAAAACAGGAGGGGGAUCAGGAACGUGAUAACGAUAUAUUAUAUUCGCUUGCCCCAGCAAGUUAACAAUAGGGGCGCCACAGUAAGUUAACAAUGUGAAUCAAAUUAAUCAACAAGACAGGCGGACGCAGUUUUUACCCGCGUAUUGCAGGGUUGUGAUGAAUCUGCAUACUUCUAUCUCAUCUUCACUUAAAUCAAGUAGACAUAAAUAUUAUUUUUCGAUCAUGGUAAAAAAGGUAUUUUCUUAUCUUCUAUCUCGUUGAAAAUGAAGCUAUAAACCCAUUUGUGAGAUAUCUCCGGCAUGAUAUAUAAAAUGACAUUUACUUAGUCCAAAUUUUACCGGAGAGCCAGCGCAAAGCAUCAUCGAGCUUUUACCUCAUUAUACUUUGUAUUACAAGUUUAACAGUGCAAUCAGGAUCUCAUCGGAGCAAAUAGACUAAUGCGAUGAGAAAGAAAUCUAACUUUUGGUUUGUGAAAACCAAUGUUUUCCAAACAAUGAGUAAGUGUAACAUUGACUAACAUUCUACCACGAGUGUAUGUCGUAAGAAUUCAUACAGUAAUAGUGAGACAAAAGAAAGUUCCAUGUGGUUUUCCUUUGCGCUUGCUGCAUACAAAGAAAGUAUCACUGUUUUAUGGAGAUUUAGAGUUUGCUUUAUAAAACUGUCAUAUUCUGUCAAACUGUUGGAAGUGUGACACCUGGUACAAGAUUUUCUUGCCUAAGCCUUGUUGUGGUAUAAUACGUUAUUUUGUAUAGCUACCAGUAUCAGAUGUUAAUAUAACUUGAAACAGUUUCUAAGCUUCG